UUUCCUUCCAGUAAAGUAAAGGGAACAUAUUUAAAUCCAUCACGCGCGGUGUCCUCGUGCCAAGUCACAAAUGCGCCCAAAAAAACGCUCAUGUUGUUUGCAAUCCUACAAAUAAAAAAGGUGUUCUUUUCUUCUUAACGGAACAAGCAGUUCCAAAAUGAUUACGAAUGCGCGCGCACUGGCCUCUCUCUCACACACGCACACACACAUAAUCAGAGCCGCCGACUGAGUGCGUGCGUGCGGUAGGCGGACCCCGAACGCUCUUCACAUCCCACUUCUGAGGAGAUUACUUGGACAAUUUACUGGGAAACACAUGCCAGACCGGCAGCGGGCAGGGAAGGCGCUUGGACCGGGACACAAGAGGCAAGACAACACGCCGAGGGGUCGAGACCGAGCCGAGCCGAACCGAUCCGGGCCAAGCAGCGAGAAGAGGCGAGAGCUGUGUGGAGAUAUUUGGAGUUCGAGGGCACUGUCACUUCCCUGAUCCCAGGAGGAACCAUCUCACACUGACUUCACACACGUUUCAACAGAGAGAUUGUUACUUACCUGAGCAGGUAUGAGUGAAGACAAACUAGCGGGGACUCUGGAAACAUCUGCAACGGAUGGGAACGCCAUUCCUAAUGGUAAAGGUCAUGAACCUGGAGAAGAGAUUGCUGCUUCGGCUAAAACAUCCCUUGCAGUGGACUGUGAAAAGGAACCUGUAGCCAAUAAUACCCAGAAUGCUAGUCCUCGCAAGAAUGAAAAUAGAGAAUCCAACCUCCCGGAAAGCCAGGAAUUCCUAUCAGGCAGGGAGGAGAAGAAGACAACGCGCUUCACCGAUUUUGAAGGAAAAACCUCAUUUGGGAUGUCUGUCUUCAACCUGGGCAAUGCAAUCAUGGGAAGUGGAAUUCUGGGACUUGCGUACGCCAUGGCCAACACGGGAGUCAUCCUGUUUCUGCUCCUUUUAACAGCGGUGGCAGUUCUUUCAUCAUAUUCCAUCCAUUUACUACUAAAGUCGUCUGGUAUUGUAGGUAUCCGUGCGUACGAGCAGCUCGGCUACAGGGCUUUUGGGACUCCGGGGAAAAUGGCAGCCGGUAUUGCCAUCACUCUGCAGAACAUCGGAGCGAUGUCCAGUUACCUUUACAUAGUCAAGAAUGAGUUUCCUUUGGUCAUCCAGGCGUUUCUGAAGGUGGAUAAUCCAACAAGCGAAUGGUACCUGAAUGGAAACUACCUGGUCAUUAUCUUGUCUGUGACGGUGAUAUUGCCCCUGGCUCUGAUGAAACAGCUGGGAUACCUGGGCUACACCAGCGGUUUCUCUCUGAGCUGCAUGGUCUUCUUCCUCAUCGCUGUCAUCUACAAGAAGUUCAACGUCCCCUGUCCCUUUGUGGACUUUGCCUUUAACAGCACUGGCAGCGAGCUGAAUGUCAGCAGCAGCGGCCAUGGCGGGGAGGAAAAUCCAGCGUGCAUACCUAAGAUGGCCAACCUCAACAUUCGAACGGCCUACACCAUUCCCAUCCUGGCGUUCGCCUUUGUGUGCCACCCUGAGGUCCUCCCCAUCUACACAGAGCUGCGCAAUGCCACCAAGAAAAAGAUGCAACACGUGUCCAACAUCUCCAUUGCAGUGAUGUACAUCAUGUACUUCCUGGCAGCUCUUUUUGGAUACCUAACGUUCUACGGUAAGGUGGAGGCGGAGCUUCUGCACACGUACAGCCGCAUCGAUCCAUACGACACUUUGAUUUUGUGUGUGCGCGUGGCUGUCCUCACUGCCGUCACACUCACCGUGCCCAUUGUGCUCUUUCCUGUGAGGAGAGCAAUCCAGCAGAUGAUGUUCCCCAACAAAACCUUCUACUGGCCUCGCCACAUCGCUAUAGCCAUGUGUCUGCUCACGUUUAUCAACAUGCUGGUCAUCUUUGCCCCCAACAUCCUGGGCAUCUUUGGGGUCAUUGGUGCCACAUCUGCUCCAUGUCUCAUCUUCAUCUUCCCUGCUGUCUUCUAUAUUCGUAUCGUACCCAAAGAAGAGGAGCCGCUUUGCUCUGUCCCAAAAAUCCUGGCCGCCUGUUUUGCUGGGAUUGGUUUCCUAUUCAUGAUCAUGAGUCUGAGCUUCAUCAUCGUCGACUGGACAUCGGGCAGCAAAACCACCAGUAGUGGUCACUAGACACCUUCUGUUGUUAUUAUUUAGUUGCUAUGGGCUUGUGUUGUAACCUCUCUGUUUGUAAGUUUAAUCCAGAUCCUCUUUUCUCUCCGAUUGUAUCUGCUACAGAUACUACAGGUCACAGGGUGGCGUUGGGGGAGGGGCGUGUAUCUCCCUUCUCUGAACGCUCUUAUUCUGAUAGGGUGAUGUCACGUUGUGCAUCCUGCCAAAGGGUGACCGAAGCCCCAGGCCGGUACACUUCAAAGAGAAGUUAAACCACUCGAACGCCAGUUAGCAAAUAGACGUGAUUUUGUUGAGCUUCUGGCUCCUCUUACAAGGUUUUCCAUUAUGAUAGCACUUAUUAUGCACAAAAUCGGACACGUCUCCUUUGUAGCUGCUAAAUUAAAUUGAUUGAUAAUCAUUUUUGUAUUUUGUGAGCCCGUUUUUUUCCUAAAAAACACUGACGUGCCGCUGCAGAAGCCAAUGUAGCAGACAGUAGAGAGUUAGAAAACGGGUGAUGAGUUGAGCUUAAAGACUGAAUGCUCAUUAACCACGGGCCACGUUAGGGCUCUCUGUUACUAACCUGUGCUGCUGAUCUUUAAUGUAUUUCUUGUGGGAUGUCAGUAUUUCCUUUUGUAACUGAGCAGGGUUUAAAACCACAAAGCACAUUUCCUGUAAGAAAUAACCUAAAUGUACAUAUGUUUUUAUGAACGCCUCAGAUAAUGAAGGAUAAACCGAUGGGAGGAAUCUGAGCAGUCAGGCGGUUGUGCGAGCAGUUCUUUCUCUUUUUUCCAGUAUUACCUUAGAAAGGACCGUCAGAAAUGGUACAGAGGACCCGAACGCACGAACUAAAGAGAUAACUGCAGGACCUGCUGCUCGGCGAUUCACCUCAUCGAGUCGCGGUGAUUUGAUGAGUUGUUUCUAAGCAUUUUUCUGCUAGUAAUCAAAGGUAACCAAAUGUAUUAAAUGAAGCAAAAGCAGCAGGUCACUUCCUGGGUGUCAGAUGUGUGACUGGGAACAUUAGCACAAGUUUAAAUCCCGACACUAAUGACAGAUAUCACAUGUCUGUCUCAAUCAUGGGAUGGCAGUGUGGUAAUAAAGCACUUUUUCCCUUUGAUAAGCACAAUAAUGGUAAUGAUGUGAGAUCUGAAACAGCUCGCUGUAAAGGCUGGUGUUGAACACGAUUUGAUUAAUGUUUCUGGAGCGCUCAUGAACUCACCCUGUCAUUUCCUCUGAAUGCAUCUGUUCACCGUGCUGUUGGAAGGUUUUAAAUGUCCACGUAUUUUAAAGCUGACUGAUGUAUUUGAAUGAUUUCGUGUUGUUUGACCCACACCUGCAGUACUCAAAGUGUAACCCUGGUGUUUGUAUUCUGCUGUUAAUAGAAGAACUGUUGUUUUAACGUCAUGUUUAUUUGGUCAUAUCCAGUGGAUCAGAUUCAGCCAUAAAACUAUGAUAGGAUUGUUCCACUAUAAAUAUUUUUUCUUACAGUUGUAUUUUGUAGUCUGUGGUUUAUCUUCGGUGGUUUUCAGUCGAGUUUGUCUUCCUUCGCUGCUCAUCAGCAGGCACAAACCUACAUUUCAUUAUUUUUGAUGAUGCACCAGAAUACUUACUGUCUUGUCCGUUUAAUACAUUAAAAACAAUCUCUAUAAGAAGUUUGUUAUUUUUUAUAAAUUUGUGUGCAGAGAAAUAAUCUGAAUCAGCCACUGAAGCACAACUCGGCAUGUUCAACUAAUCUGUGGUCAUUUUUACUCCCAGUUGCCAGUUAUUUUAUUUUAUUUUUAUCUAUUUUGAUUGUUUGUAUGUUCCAGUGGUGCAAACAGACAUAUCCUCACAAAAUGCAAAUAAAUAAAUAAAAUAAAUAAAAAAUAAAAACAAGCUAAAAACAAUUAAACAAAGCAACAAUGUGUGUGGUAAAACUGUUAGUGGCUGAUGCAAUGUGAUCUCUGAGGACCUCUGUGUAGAUGUUGUUAGCCUUGUUGAUUAUGUGAUCUGUUGUAUGACUGAAUAGUAACAUAUUAAAUAAUGACAUCAGCCAGCAUUUAUAAAUAAUGUAUAUAAAUGUAUACCCUUUAUAUUCUAUAUUCAUAUCUAUAGUUUAUAUAAUGUAAAUAGCAAAUAAAGAUUUAGUCCAAAUAAAAAAAAAAUAUAAAUGUAUUCAUUUUCAAAGUGCUUUUAAACCUUGUCCUUCAAUUCAUGUCUAUUUUCAUGUAUCUCUAUAUAUUUUAAUAUGUUGCUGGCAGUUAUUGUACUGUUUAUGAUGCUGCAUUAAAGAUAAUGACGUAACAUAAAA